AUGAAUGAAGUUGAAGUUGAACUGGAAUCACAAAUAAAUGCAUUUCGAGAUGUUUUUGGAACUAUUCCCAGUCAUUUCGAUGGUCAUCAACAUGUUCAUGUUUUACCAGGGAUUGACCUGGUCGUAGCUAGAGUUAUCUCUCGACUUGGGAUUAAAUGGAUUCGUGUUCCCAUUGAAUAUAUUCCAGAAACAUCCUGUUGUAUUACUGAAUCUGAAAUAAAUUUCUAUAGAGAAGUAUCUGAUCAAGCGAUGAAAGCAAAGGAAAUAUUUUCAUCCUAUAGUUUAAAAUAUACUCAAAAAUUUAUUGGAAUGGCUCUGAUGGGAAAAAAUCAAACAAUGGAAUUAUUGGAUCAGUCUUUAUCAUCUUUUGAAAAUUGUAAGAAUGUUGAAUUUAUGGUUCAUCCUGGUUAUAGAACAAUAAAACAUACCAAUGAAUCUAAUAAUCUUGAAGGCUGUGGAGAUCCUGAUGGUCCUGAUUUAUUUUCACAGUCAAGUGAUCGAGAACAUGAAAUGUUUUUUCUUACAAGUGAUGAAUUUAAAGACUAUUUAAUGAUUUUCUGUUAUUUAUAUGGUGGAAUUAAGAGGUAAUUGAGUGGAACAAUAAAAUUCAGAUUUAUUUUCAUAAACAAACGAAUGGUGUUCAAUACACUGUAAAAAAAGCGUUUAGUAAUCUACUGCAUCAGUGUGAAAAAAAUAUUAUCUCAGUUGCCCAAGUCUGUAAGUUGUAAAACGUCUAUAUGUAAAUGAAUCAAUGCAUUUUGUCAGUCAAACAGUCAUUAGUUUAUAAACUGAAAAACACAUUUAUGAAUAAGUAUAAUUUUGUAUGGAUUAGUUUACUUGAAAGAUUAAUUUUUUAAAUGGUGAUGAAUCGCUUACGAUUUCCAACAUGCCUAGGGUGUUCAUAACAUUUUCCAGACAUUUGUCUAAGACAUUUUUCUUCAUCAUUUGAAUUCCCUUAAAAUUUGUCAUUAAUUUUGAUUUAUCUAUUCAUCAAUUCAUCAACCAAUUUGUAUGUA